GGACUCUUUGUAGUAAGUCAGUCUGCGCAAGCGCAACGGAGAGAAAUAGGUUUGCGUUUUAGACCUCAGAAAUAAAUCUAGCCAGUGUAAUUUUUAACAUAUUGACAUUAAUUUGUUAUCGCAAUUUUGUUAUGGAAGAUAGUGUUCAUAUGAAUUUUAUUUGAGUUUUACUUGAAAUACGGAGGAUUGGAUUCUAUAAUGAGAGCAGUGCAGACGCGAUGACGUAACAUGCCACGCCGCAAGCGCAGGCUGGCGUCGCGAGUGCGUCACUACCUGAGGGCGCUGCUAGCCUUCCUGUUCUCAAACGUUGGAGUGGUUGUACUCGUCGUGGCUUACACUAUAGCUGGUGCAUUCAUGUUCCAGGCAAUAGAGGGUGCGAGUGAGAUGGAGAGGGUCAACAAUAUGACGCGGGAAAGAGACAUCACGGCUCAGUAUCUGUGGCAGAACGCGACGCUCACGUUUAACAUGUUCAAUGAAACAGCGUUGAAAGAGAGCAUCAAUGAGGAGCUAACACGCUACCAGGCGACGAUCGUCCGCGCUGCACGCGGUGGAUGGGAUGGCGGGCGAUCGUCGCGACAGUGGAGCUUCUCUUCAGCAUUCUUAUACUCUUUGACUGUCAUCACAACUAUAGGUUACGGUCACCUCAGUCCUAGGACCAGCUGGGGGAAAAUCAUGACAAUUCUAUACGCUCUACUGGGCAUGCCGUUAUUCUUGCUCUACCUGAGUAACGUCGGCGAACUGUUGGCUAGCUGGUUUAAGUGUAUAUACGCGCUGGUGUGUCUCUGCAGAGGAUGCCCAGGUUUCUCCAGACGACGAAUCAUCCACAUUCGUCCACAGUUUGAGAUAAGUGACGGUGAGAGUAUUGAACGGCCAGUCGCUUGGGAGGCUGGUGUUGGUAACACUGAUUCUGACGUCAUCACCGAAUAUCCUAUUCCUCACCUCCCCCUCAGCUACUACACCAGUGGUCAGAGAGGUGUAUCCCCGCCUCCAGAGCUCCGCGGACCUCGUGCCGCUGGUGAUCACAACGCCCACGGCCACCUCGAGCUGGAAAGCAGCGAAUUCAGCUACGUCACCUUCGAUGUGCAAACCAUCACUGUGCCUAUCAGCGUGUGCGUCUCGUUCAUGGUCGGAUAUAUAAUGUUCGGUUCAAUGAUCUUCGGCCUCUGGGAGAAGUGGGACAAACUGGACGGAGCCUACUUCUGCUUCAUAUCCCUCAGCAGUAUUGGUUUCGGGGACUUUGUUCCGGGCGAGCGCGUGUACACCCCUCGUAUCGAAGCUUCUUUCAUCGUGUGCUCGCUGUAUCUCACGCUGGGUAUGGCCCUCGUCGCCAUGUGUUUUAAUCUCAUGCAGGAACAAGUCAUACACUAUUACGGUGGUGUGAAACGAGCUCUGAAAAGAAUCUGCCGCUGCAAGAGAUGAUGAAUCAAUAUCAUUAAGUGUACUGAUGUAAAUAGUUUGUUUAUUUUGCCAUUUUUUUUUUAUUUUUUAUAAUUUGUAAUUUCUUAAUACAUAUAUUAUAAUAGUA